CGCGGUGCCAAGACCAGUACGGUCGCGCACGCUGAGCGCGCGGUGCCUUCAGACUCUUUCACUGCUUCAGCCUCUAAGAUUGGGAAUAUUUCUUGAAGAUAGAUGUGAAUACAUAAAUACAUUAAAAGAAAAAACCAGAGAAAUGCAGGGUGGACGGCGGCUCUGAUAGAAGCUGCCGUGCGUAACCGUGCGGGGAGCAGGUGGAUGGAGAGGCUGGAGGGAUGCGGCUUUCCAGCGGGUCGGAGCCGCUUCGGAGCGGCGGGACUAGGCGAGCUCUACCGCGGGACAACUUGGACGCCAUACAGUGAAGAUGAAGCUCUCUAAAUAUCCAUUUUUGGUCUAUUUUGUCUCCUCUUUGCCGCUGGAAUGUGAUCACAGAGGCUCAGUGAACAUUAAAGUCCCCAGUCAUCCCACUCCCCAGAUGCCCAACCCCUUCAGACUACAAAGUUCCCCCUUACCCCAGACUAUUGUUUUUAUCCGGGUUUAAAACCUUAAGGAAUCCUUUUAAACUUCUCUUUGAUUGUUCAGUAAAAUCUAUGCUUUGACGUACAAAGUAAGGCCCGUUCCCAUACUCUAUGUAACAUCUUUCAUAUCACCUUGAUCUUUAAAAGAAUAGCCUCUUUGAUAAACAAAAAGUUUUGAAGUCAUGGCGUUGGAUCUGUGGCCCUUCCUCCCAGCAUCCCCUAACAUCACCAUCCCCGAACCCCUCUUGUACGACACCUACAUCCCAGAGAAUGAGUCGGACCUGAAUGCCAACUACUCAGAUCACCGGGAGCUUCAUCAGGAUAAAACCAGCUCAGUCGUCCUCACCUUUAUCAACUUCAUGGUUUGUGCUGUGGGACUAUGUGGAAACACCCUGGUGAUCUACGUAAUCCUACGUUAUGCCAAAAUGAAGACGGUGACCAACAUUUACAUCCUGAACCUGGCAGUGGCAGAUGUUCUGUGCAUGAUGAGCCUGCCUUUCAUCGCCCUGCAGCUGGCUUUGGUCCGUUGGCCCUUUGGAGAGGCUCUGUGCAGGGUGAUCAUGACCGUAGACUCACUCAAUCAGUUCACCAGCAUCUUCUGUCUGAUGGUGAUGAGCAUCGAUCGGUACCUGGCUGUGGUGCACCCCAUUAGGUCCACAAAAUGGCGGAAACCCCGUAUCGCCAAACUGAUCAACGUCACUGUAUGGGGUGUUUCACUGAUUGUUAACCUACCAACAAUGAUCUUCAGUGGCCUGAACAAGGUGCCGGUUUGUGGGAUAGUGUGGCCUGAACCCCAGGACCUCUAUUACAAGAUCUUCAUUUUCUACACCUUCUCCAUUGGAUUUUUCAUGCCGCUGACUGUGAUAUGUCUCUGCUACCUGCUUAUUAUAAUCAAGGUGAAAUCAUCGGGAUUGCGUGUGUGUUCCUCGAAGCGGAAGCGUUCGGAGCGGAAGGUGACACGGAUGGUCUCCAUCGUGGUGGCGGUGUUCGUCCUCUGCUGGCUGCCUUUUUACAUUUUCAACGUCACCUCCGUAACCGGCUCCAUAAUGCCCACCUCAGCCGUGAAGACCUCGUUCGACUUCGUGGUGGCCCUCGCCUACGCCAACAGCUGCGCCAACCCCAUCCUCUACGCUUUUUUGUCCGAUAACUUUAAGAAGAGCUUUCAGAAUGUUCUGUGUCUGAAAAAGGUGGCCGGCCUGGACGAGAUAGAGCGCAGCGACAGCAGGGCGGACAGGAGCAGGAUGGUAAACGAAGCCAUGCUAAUCAACGCCAACCUGGAGACUCAUAACUCAGCCCUGCUUAACGGCGAGUUGCAGACAAGCAUCUGAGGUUUAAAGAAGCGGCAGCAACAUGAAAGGAGGAAAGAAAGCCGUGGACUGCUGGCGUACUGCUAGCAAGGCCCGCUUACAGUUGCGGGGGCAGGAAAAUGAUGUAAUAGCUGCUUGUGCACACUGAAAGAAGAGCAAAGUCUGACAGAAGAUAAACAUUUUAGAGUUUUUUAGAGUUCACAGAGUGCAUUGACUCCACUUUAAAACUUCUAACAACACAACUGCAGCUUUAACCCUGGAAUGGAGCAAAAGUAUGAAAGAUUUGUUUUUGUCUUAAUCAAAUGUUUUUAAGGGUUCUGAUUGACCUGAGCCAGCUUGUCCACUGCAGCAGCUAGACUGCCUCUUAUCAGCUGGAGAGGAUUCAGAAUUAGAUCCCCAACCAUUAUAAUCACCAUCAGAAAGAUAGAAACACAGCAGAGGAGCACUUUCAUUUCCUGUAGCCUUUCAGUUCCAAGAGUCUGAAACCACUGCCCACACAUGACAAGUGUAACUGUAUAUUUUUGCUCACAUCAGCUGAUUAGGGUGGUUGUAUAUAGUGGAAAUGGGGAACAAAGUGGUAUCUGUGAUCUACUGAUGGAUUAUUUUCUUGCCUCUCUGGCUUGAAUCUUCAUGAAUGAGGUAGCUCUGAACCAUGAACACAAAUUCAACAUCCUGGAUCAAUGACCAAGGAUUGGAAAUCGUCAGUUUUUGUACAUAGAAAAUGGAUUACCAGGAACAUUUGAAGGAACACUUGUUCCAUGCAUUUAAUGAAUCCAGUGGAUUUUAAAGGCAAGCCAACCUGUUUUCAUUUCGGAUUACUAAAGCAGGUGAUAUGUACAUAUAGGCCUGCUUUAUUCCGACUUUUCCAGGAGUCAUCACCCAUGCUGCCGUAAAGGAUCUCUAUCUGUUUGUACAGCUCCCUAUGUCGUGGUGAAACAUGACCUUCUGAUUCCCGUUUGGUUCUGCCAGCUUGCGUCUGAGAAGAUGUCCAAAUUUCCCAGAAGGCUGAAACAAUGUGUCAUGCAUUUGAAAAAAUAAAAUAAGGGGAGAAAUAAAGAAACAUACGGAGAGUAGGACGUUGGGAGAGAUGUGUGAGUGACGAAGAUAACGUUUUAAAAGGCAGUGGUGGGAUGUAUGAAUCAAAGAGAAUAGCAGAAAGUAAGGUCCUUGAAAAUGUGAGGGGUUGUGAGAAAGGCAGAGAAAUAAAGAGCUGCUGUUCAUUAAACGUCAAGGAAAAAGAAAUCAUUAUGGGAUAUAUGAAACACGCAUGCAUCUAAAUACAGCAGAAUAUUAUUGAUUUUUUUUUGUCAUUUCAUUUGAAAUAAUGAAGUUGAGUGUGUUCUUGGAGCCUGCUUGAUUUAAAUCUGACUUCCACCUUCAAAUGGAACUUAGGGAAGGUAGAGU